GGACUGCAGGGCGCUCGGAGUUGGGGUAAAAGUGUGUGGAGUGAAGGAGACUCUUGUAGCUUCAUUUCAGGCUGAAAAUGGUUGACUGGAGUCCAAUAGCGAAGGUGUACGACCCGCUAAAAGCUGGCAGCAUCGACGGCACGGACGUGGAGCCUCAUGACCGGGCGGUAUGGAGGGCAAUGGGAGCUCGCUACAAGCCCAACAAGGGUGUUGUCGGGGACCCGCUGCUCACUCUCUUUGUGGCUCGUUUGAACCCCCAGACAACCGAGGAUAAACUGUACCAAGUGUUCUCCAAGUACGGAGACAUCCAGCAGCUCCGGCUAGUUCGGGACAUCGUCACGGGUUUUUCUAAAAAAUACGCCUUCAUUGAAUACAAGGAGGAGCGGUCUGUUGUCCGGGCUCGCCGGGACGCUAACAAACUGGUGGUGGACCAGCACGAAGUGUUUGUGGAUUUUGAACAGGAGAGGACCCUCAAAGGAUGGGUCCCGCGGCGGCUCGGUGGCGGACUGGGAGGGAAGAAGGAGUCCGGACAGCUGAGGUUCGGCGGCAGGGACAGGCCUUUCCGGAAACCCAUCAACCUCGGGAUCGGCAUGGGGCAGGAGCGGGGAGGUGGUGGAGGUGGAGGGAGGGAGUGGGACAGACAAGGGGCAAGAGACAGGGAGGACAGGGAGCGGGACCGGGACAGACACAGGGAAGCUGAGUGGGGAAGCAGAGGGAGGAGGGAUGACCGGGACAGAGGCAGAGAGAGGGAUGACCGCAGACACAGAGACAGAAGCAGGCACCGGGACAGAAGAUGAAGCCCCUAUUUACCAUCCAAAGUACCAAUCUCACCUGGUUCAGCCGAGGCCUGUGACACAUGUUUUGUCCAGUCCAGCUGCUGCAGCUGAUCCAGUGGAUGAAUUUAAAGCCAAGAGGGCAGUGAAGGAAAAUGUGACUGUUACUGCUUUGUGGUUUGCACAUGUAGUACUGGUCUAUGGAAAGAACAACUAUUUCAGUAACAAACGAUCUUAUUGUGGAGUCAUGAAAUCGGUUUGGGUUGAUUUUCGUUUAAUGGUACUGUAUGUUAAUGGGAUCUCAACCUGGACCUGGAUAUUCUGCUACUCUUGAGCGUUUCAGUAUUUCUCAGGGAAAUCUGACUCCGUACAUGCUUUUGUAGUGUACACUGAGCAGUAAAGACUGUGUUCUAAUUCAGCAUAUUGAGAAAAAAUCACUUUACAAUGAUUAGAAUUUUUUUUAUAGGAUUGAUGUUGUCCAGCCAAGUCAGGUCAAAAGGUCAUUAUUUAUAUUAUGCACGUACAAAGUGCCUGUAAAUCAGAUUGAAUCUGCUGCUCAGCCUCUUAAGGUGUUUCAGUUUCUGUUGUGAAAUCUGAGAUGUAUUAAAAUUUUCUAAGGUGGA